AUGAUCGGUGUCCCCACUGAACAAGAACCAUUGGAGCCGAAGCCUGCCUUCUACCCUACGGACAAGGCUGCAGACGACAUGUAUUUCAAAGUAACUUGCUCCCCAUCAUUGGGCCAGGCCACUACCAUUUGCCGCCACCAAGACAGCGUCCGCUUCUCUGUGUUGUUGGAGACCAACGCUCCUAGUCGCGUGGAGGAAGACGAGCCUCAGGUCUGCAUCUGGCACAAUCAUGGUGGCCAUCACGAUUGGGCUGAGCUGUCGUUGAAGCCGACUGCAGAAGGCAAAGAUGUCCUGCUCCUCAACAGACCACAGGAUCGAUCCAUCUCACGAAGAUGGUUCACAGCCGAGCUGCCUGGCCUCCCCAAGCAUGGUCAAGUCAUGUCCUUUACGGUGAAGUUUUUGGUUGAUACCGACCAUGGCUGGAGAUGGAUCAAGGACACAACCGGCGUGGAUGACGGCGAGCUGCACUACCAAAGUGCCGACUUCGCGAAGCACUCUUCAUACGAUCUCAAGCACUGGUUCAGUGAGAUCAGUCCAGAUAUUCAAGUCCAAAGUGAGAGGCCAGACACUGAGGGCACCUACCUGUACUCUUUGACGGCCCCUGUCGGACCUGCGAAAGACACAGAGUCUGGCUGGCAGCAUCAUCAGCUGGGCCUACCUAAUCAUAGCUCGAGAUGGUUUAGUCUUGUCAGACUAUGGGUGCCGUGGCUAGCUCCCAGGCAAGGCAAAGGCCAGCUCGACUUGGACAAAGAUGGUGUUCUCUUGUCUUUCUUACGAACAGAUGGCUUGCAUGUCGUGGUACUUGGCAUCAGUGGCAUUGACGAUAUCAUAACGACGUUCUUCAACGACAGACAUGGGAACGUCAUCAUCAAAGGCCGCAACGACCGUACAGAAGUCGGCACAGCGAGAGUGUUGGUAGCAGUGGCGCAGACCUUCGAGAUUGCCAACGCCGCUGUGUUCUACCAUGCACGUAAGGUUGUCCGCUCAUACGACGUCAGCUCUACCGACGAUGAGGUGACCAAGCGAUGGAGCGAGGUCAAACCUGAAUGGCUUGAGGUAUGUAAAGCUAUCCCACAUUUCCAUGGGUUCGUCACUGACAACCUGGAGGAAUGGUAUGAUGGACUCACAUACUGCACCUGGAACGGCCUGGGUCAAAAUCUCACCUCCCAGAAGAUCCUCGACGCACUCGACUCGCUUUCGAAAGAGAACAUCAUCGUCACUAAUCUCAUCAUCGACGACAACUGGCAAUCGCUGGCCAAGGGAGACACACAAUUUGUCCGAGGCUGGUUGGAUUUCGAGGCCAACAAGGAUGGCUUUCCUGAUGGAAUGAAGGCUACAACAUCUGAGAUUCGCAAGCGUCAUCCGAACAUCAAUCACAUUGGUGUCUGGCACGCUCUUCUCGGAUACUGGGGCGGUAUAGAGCCCAACGGAUGGAUCGCCAAGAACUACAAGACGAUCGAGGUGGAAAAGGAAGCUGGCGUGGCAGGAGGAACAUUUACCGUCGUCGCGGCUGAAGAUGCGUCACGAAUGUACAACGACUUCUACAAAUUCCUCUCUGAAUCUGGUAUCGAUUCUGUCAAAACAGACGCCCAGUGCUUCCUCGAUCUCUUGCAGCACGCGCCUGACCGAAGAGCUCUCACGACCGUGUAUCAAGAUGCCUGGACCGUCGCUCAUCUCCGCCACCUCAGUGCCAGAGCCAUCUCAUGCAUGUCACAAAGCCCGCAACUAAUCUUCCACAGCCAGCUUCCAACGGACAAGCCCCGUCUUCUGCUUCGCAACUCCGACGACUUCUUCCCCGAAGUGGCUGCGUCUCAUCCAUGGCACAUCUUCUGCAACGCACACAACAGUCUCCUAACGCAACACCUCAACGCUCUGCCGGAUUGGGACAUGUUCCAAACCUCCCACGAAUGGGGCUCCUUCCACGCAGCCGCUCGUGCCGUGAGCGGCGGACCCAUCUACUUCACCGACGUCCCAGGCCAGCACGACGUGAAGCUCAUCCGACAAAUGACCGCCCAGACUCCACGCGGCAAGACCGUCAUCCUACGCCCCGACAUGAUAGGCAAAGCCAUCGACCCCUACAACAGCAACAAAGCGCUCGCCAUGCUCAAGAUCGGCACCUACGUCGGCUACGCCGAGACGGGUUCGGGCAUCCUAGGCAUCUUCAACGUCUCCGGUCAACACCUAAAUGAGUUCAUCCACCUCGACGACUUCCCCGGCACCGAGACAGGCGAAUACGUCGUCGGUUCCUUUACAUCGGGUGAAGUCUCCCCGCCCAUCAGCAGAGGCCAGCCGCACGCCAUGGUCGGGCUGGAGCUCGAAACAUAUGGCUGGGAUAUCGUCACCGCGUACGCCUUGCGAACCUUCACAGUACGGGAGAAGAAACUCCAAAUCGCCAACAUGGGUCUCCUCGGCAAAAUGACCGGCAGCGCCGCCGUCACAGGCUGCGACAUGUACGUCGAAGACAACGGGCGCCUGAGGAUCUGGACGAUCGUGAAAGCACUCGGCGUGCUCGGAUUGUGGAUUUCGGAUCUACCGGGCAGGAAAGUAGAGGAUCUGAUGGUGAUGAUUUUCGGGAAUCCGAUCCCUGCGGGCACGGUGGGGAAGAAUGAGGUGGAUGGGCGUGUGUUGGAGAUUGAUGUCGAGAGGGCGUGGAGGGAGAGUGGGGAGGAUGCUGGGUGGAAUAAUGAGGUUAGUCUGGAGAUUUUCGUUCAUUAA